AUGGACGCUGCAAAUACUAUGCGAAAGCGGCCACUCUCGGUACGCACCAGGCACAGUGGAGCAGCGUCGGCGAUGGCAGAGGACGGCGAGUCGCUUGGGGAGCCGGUGAGCCCCUCGUCAAGGCUCGUUGAGGAAUACUAUAUCAUAGUUAUCAUCGGCUUUGCGGCACCUGUAAACCAGUCCACCGGCGGCACGGCCAUAGGUGCCAAGAUAGCAUCGUCCCCACGCUUCCAAAGCAUCCGGGCUACUGAUAAGGACGGUACUCUAAGGUGGGUAAGGACCACGGUGGACCUGGACUACCAUGUCAUCUACCCAAAGCUGGACACGGUAGAUGUGGAGGUGAACCCAGACUUGGCCGUGGAAGACUACGUUGCGUCUCUUUCCACUAAACCCAUGGAUCAUUCCCGUCCUCUGUGGGAGUUCCAUAUCCUCGACUUCCCGACCUCCGAGGCCACUGCCACGGCGGUGAUGCGGGUGCACCACUCCCUCAGCGAUGGCAUCUCCCUGCUCAUGCUGCUAUUGUAUUGCGCACAGAGCGCUGCCGAUCCUUCGAAGCCUCCAGUUUUGCCACCGUUGCCUGCACGGACCGGUGCAUUGUACGUGCAACCACGCCCACCACUGUCCGUGGGCUCCCUGGCGUUCGCCAUGUGGCUUUGGUCGUUCGUCCUUCUGGCUUGGUACACCAUGUGGGACGCUGCAAGCUUUGUCUGCACUAUACUAUUUUGGAAAGAUACACAUACGCUAUUCACACGUACGGACAACACGAACCGCCGCCAGAAGCGAAUCGUGCAUCGGGGUCUUAGCCUUGAUGACGUCAAGUUCAUCAAGGAUGCCAUGAACUGCACUGUAAAUGAUGUGUUGGUUGGAGUUACUGAUGGAGCACUAUCACGAUACUACUACCGGAAGUCAGGUGACACUGAAAUUGGCAACGAGAUCCUUUUGCGAUCUAUCCUGGUCGUCAAUUUAAGGGCCACUACAGCCCUACACGAAUGUGUUAGUAUGAUACAGUCUGGCAAAGGAAAUGAUGUAAAAUGGGGAAAUCAGCUUGGCUUCAUCAUCCUGCCAGUUCAAAUAGCCAUGCACCGUGAUCCACUCGAUUAUGUUCGAAAGGCCAAGAAUACAACUGGUCGAAAGAAAAGCUCACUAGAAGUGGCAUUCAUACAUGUGGUUGCAGAAGUCUUCUUCAAAGUAUUUGGUCGGAAGGCAGGUGCCUACAUCAUCCAUCGCCUGUUCUCCAAUACAACAAUGAUGUUGUCAAACAUGAUCGGUCCAGCUGAGCAGGUGGAGUUAUGUGGCCAUCCUGUUGUCUUCAUUGCUCCUAGCCAAUACGGACUUCCACAAGCCAUAAACGUGAACUUUAAAAGUUACGUCAACAUCGUCAGGGUGGUUCUAGCAAUGGACGAAGCGCAGUUUCCACACGGCCAUGAGCUUUUGGAUGAUUUUGUUGACUCCCUCAGGCGUAUUAAGGAUGCAGCUGAUAAACUUGGAAAACAUGAGAGGAAGGCAUAAGCGCAUUAUUAUAUGCACUAAGUUCUUAAGAGUAUACGUUCUAAUGUAAACAAUGCUUAAAUAAAUCUAUAUUGAUGAACUUU